UUUAGAGUGUUUGAAAUGGUCAGUAUGCGGCUCACCUUCUUCUUACUGGUUGUAUGGACUGUCCUGGGAUGUGUUUUGGCGAAUCCUGUGAAUGAGGAUCCUGCUGCUGCAGCAACACUAGAUGAUGUGGCGGAUUUGGGUGGUCAGGAAGCGAAGGAGGGCGAUAGACCAGCUCGAUGGCUGAGCGGAGGUUGGGGAGGCGGCUGGAAUACAGGAUGGGGAGGAGGAUGGAUUGGCAGCUGGAAUGGAGGAUGGAAUGGAGGCUGGAACAGUGGAUGGAGUAAUUCCUACAGCCCCUGGAGAAGCAUCUAUAGUAGUUACUGGUGGUAGCAGUCUCAAAACAGUAGCUUCCCAAAACUUUUGAAUAAAGUGAUCAAUAGUAUAAUCAAGAUAUUCAAAAGUUCUGUGAAAGCUCAUGAGUUUAAAAUAAAGCGCAUUAAGUUAAUAAAAAGCCAAAGCUUUAAAGAGCUUAUUAAUAGCCAAAUUAAAUCACAGAAAACCAUUUCAA